ACACAAUGAACAUAUCUGAUCUGAUAGCUCAUUCGUCAUUCCUAUUUAUACAGACAACUCCAUUCCCCGAUUCUCCAACUCCACCUUAACUCGCCCAGUCACCACUGAGUCUCUGACUCGCUUUUCUGCGGCGAAGUUUAAGGUUUAGAGACAACUGCGCACGAUAGCAUUGUCUUGUUUCUUAAUUAUAAUGGCUCCAAAACUACUACUUGUGUUCAUAGCUUUGAUCGGCGUUAUCUUCGCCGGAGUCAGCGGUCAAUCCCCGGCUGCUUCUCCCACUUCAACUCCUGCUCCUCCUACUCCCGCCGCAGCUUCGCCGCCUCCAGUUGCUUCUUCGCCUCCACCGGUUACUGUUACUUCCCCGCCACCAGCUGUUCCGCCUCCUACGCCAACCCCACCCGCUUCUCCUCCGCCACCCGUGAGCUCGCCUCCGCCGGCUGUUCCUCCACCAGUUCCAAGUCCGCCACCUCCAACCCCAUCUCCUCCACCUCCGGUUCCUUCUCCGCCCCCGCCGGCAGCUCCUACUCCCGCUCCGCUAGCCGCUUCGGUUCCAGCUCCGGCUCCAUCGAAUCCAACAUCUCCGGCGCCAUCACCGUCUUUACUAAGCCCUCCGGCGCCUCCCACUGGAGCUCCGGGACCGAGUCUCUCGGGUAUUUCACCUGCUCCUACCGCCGCUGAUCAGAGUGGAGCAAAUCCAGUGAGCUCGUUGCAGAAGAUCACUAGCGGGUUUGUAUGGGUAUGGGCUUUGCUCUAUAUCUUAUUUUAGAUGAUUUAUAUGGCCCAAGUUACUUCUCAGUCACGGGCCCACGGCCCACUUAUAUAUAUAUCUCUAUAUCUAUUGUUUGCAUUUUAGCCCAUAGGCUUCUGGAUUAUUAUUUUUUCCCUCUGUACUUGUUAUACAUUGAUUUGAUUUUUCUUAUAUUUUUUUUUUGGAAACUUAUUUUUGUAUUAAAAUUCUGAGAGCGAGUUAUUUUCCAUGAAAUUACCCUAUCUAAUGUUUAAUUU